AUGUCCAUUCAACUUCAAAAGCCUUUACUUGCUGAAAAACCCGAUAUUAUUGUAUCUACACCAAGCCGUGCUCUCGGUCAUUUAGAAGCACAAUCAAUGCAUCUGCAGCAAUCUCUUGAAACACUCGUUAUUGAUGAAGCUGAUCUUGUCCUUUCAUUUGGCUAUGAAAAUGAUGUUCGCAAAAUCCUCACAUACUUGCCCAAAAUAUACCAAACUUUGUUAAUGUCUGCCACCUUUACUAAAGAAAUUGAGGAUUUGGGCGGUCUUAUUUUAAAGAAACCCGCCAUUUUAGCUUUAGAGGAUACUAAAGAAGAGAUACAGUCACUUACACAAUAUAUGGUCAAAUGUACUGAAUUUGAAAAGUUUUUGUUUACAUUUGUGUUGUUAAAAUUGCGAUUGAUCAAGGGCAAGAUUUUAUUAUUUGUGAAUGACAUUGAUCGUUGUUACAAGCUUAAAUUAUUUUUGGAGCAAUUUUCAAUCAAAUCAUGUGUAUUGAAUUCAGAAUUACCACUAAAUUCGAGAUAUCAUAUUGUUGAGGAAUUUAAUAGGGGUAUAUAUGAUUAUUUAAUUGCAACAGAUGAGGCCGAAUUAAAAGGAGAACAAGACAGUGAGGACGAAGAAGAGGAAGACGAUGAUCAAGAAAAAGAAAGCAGUAAAAAAGAACUCAAGAAGAAGAAUAAGAAGACUAUCCAACGUGAUAAAGAAUAUGGUGUUUCUCGAGGUAUCGAUUUUCAGGGCGUUGCUGCAGUUAUUAACUUUGAUUUUCCUAUGUCAUCUAAAGCUUAUACACAUCGUAUUGGUCGUACAGCACGAGGAGGACAACGCGGUAUGAGUUUAUCAUUUGUCGUAACUUCGGAUCAUGUUGAAGGUCGUAAAGACGUGAGUCGAGGUAAAAAUGUAAAUGAUGAUGCUGUUUUUGAGCGAGUCCUUCAACAGCAAGAAGCUAAAGGUGCUGAGUUGAAGCCUUAUACUUUUGAAAAGAAGAAUGUCGAGGGCUUCAAGUAUCGUAUUGAAGAUGCUUUAAAGGCAGUUAAUAAGGUAGCCAUUAAAGAAGCUAGAAUCAAGGAAAUCAAGCAAGAAAUUCUAAAUAGUGAAAAACUGAAAGCUCACUUUGAGGAUAAGCCAAAGGAUUUAGAGUUUUUGAGACAUGAUCAUGCAUUACAACCAGCUCGUGUGCAGCAACAUUUGAAGCAUGUUCCUUCUUAUUUGAUGCCUCGAAUUGCAGUUCCUGCUGCAAUGGCAAAUACAGCAAUAACAGAGGACGUACCUUUUCAAAAACGUAAAAGAGGGGCAUUUAAAAAGGGUGCAAAUAAGAAACGUAAGGAUCCUUUGAAAGUGAUUCGUCGUAAAUAA